AUGAAAUUCACGACGAGCAACUCCCUCUUGACGGCCGCGACCGUGCUCCUGGCGUUCUCCGCCCGGGCAUCUGCGCAUGCAAUCUCCAUCCCUGCCCUCGGGAUCCAGGGCACCGGCCAGCGGUCCGACGUGCAGCGGCCGAGCGCGGCGAGCCCGUGCGGCAAGGUCGACAUCGCGAAGAACCUCGACAGCUCGCCCGCCACGGCCGCCGCGGCGGACGGCUCGGUCACGAUCCAGAUGAAGGCGUUCAACCCCGGCGCGGACGGCUCGCUGCAGGUCGCCGUCCAGGUCGACGCGGACGGCACCGGCAAGAACUUCGUCGCCGGGACGGUCACCAAGAACGGCAACCCUAAGCCCAAGGUCGGGGAUGUGGACACGAUCGUGUUCAAGCUGCCGGACGGCACGAAGUGCACGGGCGGCGCCAACAAGAACCGGUGUUUAGUGUCUGUCAAAUCCACACGCGGAUUCGGGUCUUGCACCGUCGUCACGCAGGGCGGGGCCGGCGCCGGCAACGACGGCAACGGCAACGCCCCGCCUGCCGCCAGCGCAGCCACCAUCAAGGACAAGAACGGCGCCACCAAGACCGCGACCGGGGCCAAGGCCACAAAGACCGGCGGCGCAAAGAAGCAGAACCAGAACGGCAACAAGAACAAGUUCCAGAUCAAGAAAAAGGUGGACGACCUGUGCGCCGCGCAGAAGGCCAAGGAGCAGUUCAACGCGACGAAGAGCCGCACCGCCACCGCCGCCGCCCCCACCGAGACGCAGUUCCAGGUGAAGCAGAAGAUCGACACGCUGUGCAAGGCGAUGGCGGCGAAGGAGAAGGCCGCCGCGGCGAAGAAGAAGGGGAACAGAGCUGCGGUGGUCGCCCUCGCGCGGGCGGUUGCGAGGGAGGAGGAGAUGCUUGACGAUGUUGAUGAGGACGACUUGGAAGUUGACGGCCACGAGGACGACGAAGAAUAG